CCCCCGGUGAGCCUCCUCCCCCGGGGUGGCCUCCAGGCUGCCCAGACCUAUAAAGGUGCCACAAUUUUGUCAAUGAAGCCGGGACUCCCCAGAGCACACCGUGGGGUCACCAGCAGCUGGGCUGCCUGGGCCACCUCAAGACCGUCCCACCAUCCCCUGACAUGAAGUGCAUCGUGGGCAUUGGAGGUAUGACCAAUGGUGGCAAGACCACUCUGACUAACAGCCUCCAGAAGGCACUGCCCAACUGCUGUGUGAUUCAUCAAGAUGACUUCUUCAAGCCUCAGGACCAAAUACCAGUUGGGGAUGAUGGAUUCAAACAGUGGGAUGUGCUUGAAUCUUUAGAUAUGGAAGCCAUGCUGGGCACCGUGAAGGCCUGGGUAAAAAAACCUCAGAAGUUCGCCCGGGCACAUGGGGUUACCCUCCAGCCCCACGACCCGGGUACCCACAUACUGCUGAUCGAAGGUUUCCUACUAUACAGCUACAAGCCCCUGCUGGACCUGUAUAGUCGUCGCUACUUCCUGACUGUCCCGUAUGAAGAAUGCAAGAGGAGGAGGAGUCCAUUGUUUUUUCUUGCUCUCUUCAGUAAGCGUAACUAUACGGUCCCUGAUCCCCCUGGCCUCUUUGACGGCCACGUGUGGCCCAUGUACCAGAAGUACAAACAGGAGAUGGAGCGGGACGGAGUGGAAGUGGUGUGUUUAGACGGCAUGAAGUCCCGGGAGGAACUCUUCCAUCAGGUUCUGGAAGAUGUUCAGAACACAUUGCUGAACAGCUUCUAGGAUGAAGACUCGGGGCACCAGGUUUGAUUCCAGACAUAGAAUGGCCAGGUCUGGCUUGUCCUGGCUGGAUGCUGUGGCCGUUCCCCUCUGGGGAAUGUGUACACAGGACAACAAAUGUUCACUCAACUCGGUGUCGUGGGGCUCUGGCAUCCACCUGGGCACACCCCCUUGACUUACCACCAAGUCAAUAUUAAACUCAAUCCUGUUUUUAUAACCCCUCA